UUGAGGUAUGAUAAUUCUUGUUCCAUUUCUUUCUUUGAAUUGGGUAUGAUAUUUGAGAGUGCAGUUGAGUUUAGAAAAGCUAUCUCUAAUUAUGGUGUUCGACAGAAGGUUCAAUUAAAAAUUAAACCUAAUGAACCUCAUAGAGUAAGGGUAAGAUGUGUAGGAAAAUGUAACUGGGAAAUAUUUGCUAGCUUGGAUAAAGAUACAGGAAACUUUUCUGUGAAAAAUUAUUAUCCUGUUCACAGAUGUCCUACAAAGAACAUGAACAGAUUAUGCUCAGCCAAAUAUGUGGAAAGAAAAAUGAGGGAAAGAAUAAUAUCCCAACCUGAUAUUAGAGUUCAUAAGCUUCAAGAGACAAUACGAAAGAAGUGGGGUUUAAAAGUGGGAAGAUCAAUAUGUUAUAGGGCAAAGAUGAAUGUAAUCAACAAGUUCUUGGGUGAUUGGAAGCUAGAGUUUUCAAAGUUGUUAGACUAUGCUGAUAUGAUUAAGAGUACGAAUCCUGGGACUUCUUGUUGGGUGAGAACUGAUAAUGAAACAAUCCCCGGAAAAUACUUGUUCAAAUAUUUCUAUGUUUGCUUUGGGGCAUUGAAGAACGGAUGGCUUGAAGGUUGUAGGAAGAUUAUAGGAUUGGAUGGAUGUUUUUUGAAGGGUGCUUGUAAAGGAGAAUUAUUAGUGGCUGUUGGAAAAAAUGGAAACCAACAAAUGUAUCCAAUAGCUUGGGCAGUGGUUGACCAAGAAACUAAACACUCUUGGAGUUGGUUCUUGAGCUAUCUCAUUCAAGAUUUGCAACUUGGUGACGGAAAUGGCAUAACAAUCAUGUCUGAUAUGCAAAAGGGUCUUGAUUCAGCUGUUGAUGGAUUGCUUCCUAAUGUUGAAAGGAGAAUGUGUGCAAGGCACAUUUGGGCAAAUUGGCAAAAGACUUGGAGAGGUGAAGCAAGGAGAAAAGCAUUUUGGAGGUGUUCCAAAGCUAGUUUUGAAGUAAAGUUGAGUGAUCAGUUUGCAUAUUUGGGACAACUUGGUGACAACAUUUGUGAGUCAUUGCUUAAGUAUAACAAAGAAUAUUGGUGUAGGGCUUUUUUUAGUGAAAGAACCAAGUGUGAUGUGGUGGAAAAUAAUAUGUGUGAAACAUUCAAUUCUUGGAUUGUUGGUCCUAGGCAUAAAUCUGUGAUUAGUAUGCUUGAAGAUAUUAGACAUAAAAUGAUGGAUAGACAUGGAGAUAUGAUCAAGUUUGUCGAUACUUGGAUCAGUGACAUUUCACCCAUGGCAAGACUAACUUUAGAAAUAAACAAAGAGAUUGGUAGGAAGCUAAAGGUGAAUUGGAACCAUGACACUGGAUUUGAGAUUCUGGAAGGAGAAUAUAGGCACAUAGUCAAUAUGGCUAAUAAAACAUGUAGUUGCAGGUUAUGGCAGUUGAAAGGUAUCCCUUGCCAACAUCUAGUUUGUGCCUUGUAUCACAUUGGACAAGAACCAGAAAAUUAUGUAGAGCAUUGGUACCAAAAAGAUACAUUCCUACGUGCUUAUAAGUACUUCUUACAGCCUAUCUCUAAUAUGAAAAUGUGGCCGGAAACCAAUAACCCACAAAUAGAGCCCCCUGAAGUCAAGCCAAUGCCCGGAAGACCAGGCAGAUGUAGAAGAAAAGAUAAAGAUGAACCAAGAAAAAAAAAGUGGGGGAAAGCAUCAAAAAAUGGAGUAAAAAUGACAUGCUCCAAAUGCCAUCAAGUUGGGCAUAAUAAAAGGACCUGUAAAUCAGUGCCCUCGCAACAGCCUUGUCAACAGCCUUUUCAACAGCCCUAUCAGCAGCCUUUUCAACAACCUCGUCAACAGCCCUCACAACCAUCGGUGAGUCAGUCUAGCACUCAACAUUCCACUUCUUUAUGUCCAGAAACUUCAAGAGUUGAAGGAAGAAAAAAGCAGAAAAAUAGUUCUUCUACAAGGGCAUCUUCUUCAUUUGGAAGGAAGAGUAGAAGAGAUGUUGGAUUUGGUGUUUACACAGAUAUACAAUCUGGAAGACAAGUCAUUAAUCCCGGGAGAUCAAGUGAAAGAGUUAUCUCAAGUGGGACAACAUUAAAGGAUGCAUCACAAACAAAUGUAGAUCUUGGAUUCAAGCCACCUGGUUUGAAAUGGAAAGGAAAAGAAGCUAUGACGGGAAAUCAGCUUCAACAAAUGCAACAACGGAAAAAAAAUCAAAUCAAAUCUAAAUGGGUACCAUGAGAGUUCAAUUAUGCUAGUGAUAUGGUUACACUUUGGACAACUCUGUUUUUGCUUAUUUUGAUAUAUAUUUUUUGAAGGCAUAAUUCACAUAAAACAGUGCUAGUGGCAUUUAGAUUUGCCUAUAAAUUAUUCCACUUUUGAUCAUUUUGAUGUACUUUUGGAUAUUUUGAUGUAUAUUUGCCUUUAGACAACUCUUUUAAGGUUAUUAUGGCUAUGAGGCAUGUUUUAUGGAGGUUAAGUUGAUCUUUUGUAAA